AUGGCAUCAGUCGUGCCAGUGAAGGAGAAGAAGCUCAUGGAUGUGAAACUAGGAGAGCUGCCCAGCUGUAUACUGAUGCGGGGUUUCACCCCUAAGGGCAUUGCUGGAGCAUUUCAAAGGGGUUACUACCGGUAUUACAACAAGUGUGUCAAUGUGAAGAAAGGGGGCAUUGCUGGGAUUUCUAUGGUGCUGGCAGCUCAUGCAUUUUUCAACUACUGUCGUUGUUACAAGGAACUCAAACACAAGUGGCUACGCCAAGUACCACUGAAGAGGGCCCAGUGUGGAGGCACAUUCGGCAUUCCUGACCAUGACCUUCUGGCACCCUUGAAUCCUUUCAUAUUCUAA